ACGGCUAGAGAUAGGAGAAUAAAAAGAAAAACAAACAGGGCAAACAGGUGGAAUUAGGAAGAGAAACACCAAUCUAUUCCUCAGACUACAGCAUGCAGCAGCAGUGGGUGUGUCUGGCUUUACUGGCCCUCCUGACUGUCACAGCGACGCUGGCAGAUGGUGGAAAAACAGAGAAACAAGGUAAGAAAGAGCGUAAAUCGGACUGUGGCGAGUGGCAGUGGAGUGUGUGUGUGGCUAACGAGGGUGACUGCGGCCUGGGCACCAGAGAGGGCACACGCACCGGCACCGACUGUAAACAAACCAUCAAAACCCAGCGCUGCAAAAUCCCCUGCAACUGGAAAAAGCAGUUUGGAGGUGAGUGUAAGUAUGAUUUUCAGGCAUGGGGAGAGUGUGACUCGACCACGGGAAUGAAGACGCGCACCGGCGUGCUGAAGCGAGCGCUGAUGGACGCUAACUGCCCGAACACCGUCAGCGCCACCAAACCCUGCGGCAAACCCAAGCCCAAGAUGCAAGAUUCACAGAAACCAAAACGGGAAGGAAAGAAGAAGGAGCGAAACCCGACAGACUAGAGGAGAAACUCCACCUGCUCUUCUGCUCCUCAGGCAGAGACGCGGAUGUGAGCUGCAGAGAUGAUGCUGCUCCUUAUUUACAAUAGAAUGUUUUUAGAUCGUUUGUAGCUUUAAUUUACAACUCACAGAAUAAUCCAUCAAUGAUAAAAGAAACACAAAUGAAUUACUAAAAUCUUCUGCUGAAACUUCUAAUGUUGUACCACCAAUUUCAGACCAUCCAGCUGGCAAAAAUAUGUCCUGCUUUAGGUUAUGAAAACAUUUCUGAAUGUUCUCUGGAC